CAGUCAGUUGGAAUAUUUGCACUUGAAACUUGCACAAAGCGUCGAAAUGAAGCACGCCAUAGUUUUUGGUUUUUUAGUACUAUUGAUUGAAGCUCAACUUGGAGGCAACGAUUUUCCCAUCGAGUGCUAUUCACGUACAGGUGAUACGGUAUACCUUCAAUUCAUUUGUGUCCAGGAUCAACAUCUAGUUACUAUAGACGGAUGUCUGAACUCGAAUCAAUACGAUAAUUCAAGUGUGAAAUUGAUAAGGUAUGCAUGCAGAAGUCCAAUUCCAUCGCUAACGCUCUAUCUAGACGUAUUGAACGCUUUCGAGAAUCUUAAUGUGUUGGACAUACAAAAUCUUUCGAUUGAGAAAUUUGUAAUCACAAUUCGCCAGAAUAACAGGACAGAUGUUUCUGCAUCAUAUCUAGAAUUCAAAUCACAAAUCUCUAGAAUUCAAACACUAAAAGCUUCGCACAACGAGUUUACUCAGUUUCCAAAUUCCCUUUUGGAUCAUAUGCCACAAAUAACUGAAAUUGAUUACAGUUUCAAUAAAAUUCAAGUGGUGGACUUUACCCAAUUUACUAAAUCCAACAACAUUUUAUCGGUGAACUUUUCAAAUAAUAACAUUUGGAAUAUCAAUAAGGGAUCAUUUGCAAAUUUAAAACAACUUGAAACAUUGGAUUUGAGCCAUAAUCACCUUAGAUAUUUUAGUGACGCUCUGUUUGCAGGCAACGAAAAUUUAAAACUUCUGUACUUGAGAAAUAAUUUCUUAGAUAAAUUUAUCAUAUUUACAUCACUUCACAAUCUGCAAACUUUAGAUCUGAGCAAUUCUCAUAUUCAAACCAUUAAUGAUCAUACGUUUGCAAACAAUCAUAAAUUGAUAAAUUUGAACUUGGGUAACAGUUUAUUGAAGAAUCUGAAAGCCACAUUCAUUUCAUCACUGAAUAUGUUGGAAAAAAUAGAUGUCAGCAACACUAAAAUCGAAGAAAUUGAUGACGACUGUUUUAUCAACAAUCCAAAUAUGAAAAUGUUAAACUUGGAAGGCACUUCAAUGAAUAAAUUCAAUUUCAAUACAUUUUCAUCAAAAGCAAAAUUGGUUGAAGUGCAUCUUCCGAGUAGAAUCUUAGAAUUGGAUAUAAGUUGUGCGAAGUCAAUUUGUCAUUUCAAACAGUUUGACGAAAAAGAUUACUUCGAGAAUAUUCAAGUUUUUAAUGUUUCGGGAAAUCGACAGCAAAAUGUAGCGAAAUUAUUAGGAAAAAUCGGAUCGAACGUUAAAACUCUCGAUCUAUCAUGGAAUUCUAUUCAAACAUUGAACGUCAGCAUGUUGGAGCCUUUUCCACAUAUACGACAUCUUAAUUUGAGCCAUUCGCAGAUAUCGAAUAUUGGAAAUGACACCUUCAUUAGACAGUUUAAUCUGAUCAAUCUUGAUCUAUCGUAUAACUUGUUAAAAGAAAUCGAUUCUGUGAAAUUGGUAUUUUCUUCCUUGCAAACACUGGAUUUAGUCAGCAAUAAAUUAAGCAGACUUGGCAUGGUCAAUUCAAACAAUUUACCGAAACUUAGGUUACUCAAAAUUUCAGAGAAUCUUUUUGGUUCUUCUUAUUUAUACAAUACUUUAAACGAAUGGGUAAAGAAUGGUUUAGAAAUUGAUGUAGAACUUAUUCAACCUGCUACAACACAAAAAACAACAACGAUCCGUAAAAGUACAAAAAAGCCUAAGCCUAGACCAACAACUCCAACCAAAACCACAACAAUUGAAAUAACAACAAGUGCUGACUCAACUUCAACUUCAACAUCACCUCCGGUCGCAACUACUGAAAGUGAUGAAUCUUCGGGCAAAAAUACAAAUUCAAUACAACCAACGCAGGUGUAUUUCAUCAUUGGUGGCGUGUUUAUAAUCAUCAUCGUAAUUGUUGCAAUGAUCAUUUGGUAUAUUUGUCGAAAAGUAUCCGCACAAGUGGUAGGCACAAGUGUAAGUACAACCAUAGGUACAGGCGUAGGCACAAGCAUGACCACAGUUCCAGCCGAUGAAAUUGGAUUUAUUGAGCCUGCCUACGAAGAGAUCAAAGAGCCUAUGCAACUUAUGCAAACUUUGCCUUCAGCAUAUGCUGUUGGCAAUAUUCAACGAAUACCACAUUAUGAAAAUGCACCAACGCACACCACAACCUUGGAUCGUUAUCAAUUUCAAAACCAUAAUAAUACUUCAUUGCAAUCGAAUGAAUAUGCAACCAUUUAUCAUCAUUAUGCUACAGUUUCUAAACCGAGGCCAAAACGUUUUUUAUAAUUGUUCAACAAUGUCCCUUUGAAAAAACACCAAAGCACGGACAAAAAACGUCUAAAUUGUAUAGUAAAUGAGUAUUAGUAUUACAUUUCAAAAUGUUUUAAUAAAAUUUGAUUGUGUCUGUUUACUGUCUGUCACUUGAAAUAAAAAAUAUUGAUGAGUUAUUAAA